AUGAAGGCUUUGAUGGAUCAGGCCAAUAUAGCCAAGAAAGCUCAAGACGAGGUCGAGGAGAAGGCAGGCGUUGCUAAGGCAAUUGCUAAGGUCUUUGAAGCCGAGAAGAAAGAGGCCGAUGCAAAGAUGAUCGAGGCCCAAAAAGAACUCCAAGAUGCCUUGGCUAUAAAAGAGGCCGAGAUCAAAGUGGCGGACGAGAAGGCCUACGUCGAGGGGGUAGCCGACGUCAAAGAAGACUACAAGAAGCAACCAUAUAUUAAUUGGAAGGAACAAGGUUUAGUUAACGAAGUUCGAGAUCAAGGUGGAUGUGAAUGUUGCUGGGCAAUAGUUGGUUGUGCCGCUGUUGAGGCAUUAUAUAACAUCAAGUAUCAAUGUAUGGAGUUAUUCCAAUUAGCCCCCCAGGAGCUUAUUAACUGUGUGAAGAAAGAAGCCAAAGUGUGCUUUAGAUCUUCAAUCAAUGAAGGCUUUAGGUAUGCGAGACAAUAUGGCAUAAGACGAGAGUUGGAUUGCCCUUUCAAAGCGCAAAAGCAACAUUGUCUCAGUAAAGAGAUACACAGGCCUGCUUUGAGGAUUAAGAGCUUCAAGAACAUAGACAAAGAAGAUGAGGCUGGGAUAAUUGAAGUCUUAAAGCAGCAACCUAUUGGUGCAGGAAUUGUGGUCACUGAAAAGUUGAAAAACUACAAAGAGAGUUUGUUCCCACUCUCGGGCAUAUAUGAAGCACUUGAUUGGAGGUGUAAAUCCAGACCUUCAUGCCAUAUUUCUGGUUGGAUGUGGGACGGAUAA